AUGCUAGUGAAUUUGGCCUCGAACUCCAUCACUGAUGCAUCUAGUUGCAAGAACCCUUCAAAUUGCUUCCUCAACCGUUCUCUAGCCAUGGGAGGGAGGAAUUUAUCUUCGAAAGCUUGCACAAAUGCUUCCCAGAUCUCAAAGGACUUGUCUAAAAGGUUGAGACUGAAAAUCUUGAUGAAAGCGGUUGGCAAUAUGAUACGUGAUUACGACCGUUUAGUUAAAGUCGUAGCUCAUGUAGAGAUUACUGUAGAGGCUAAAGAGGCAAGGCAAAGAUUGAAAAGAGCAAGACAUUCAGAUGCUAGGAGUGACACGAGUUCCUCAAAGAGGUCUAAGGGUUCAUCAUCAUCCUUACAAUCACCUCCACAACAAGUUAUAUCCUCUAGUUAUGUGGUGGGCGGGAGUUCGAGAAAUAUGACUCGAGUUACCGGUGCUUGUUAUGGAUAUGGCCAAAUGGGUCACAAGGCUGCAGAGUACGGACAGAAAGGUGGAGCACGGUCCCAGCCUAGAGGUGACAUAGGGGAGCAGAGGUCACAGGGAAGAGUGUACGUUGUCACCGCUUUUGUGCAAGUGUCGGGGCCAUCAGUUGUAAGAGGUACAUUUCUUAUUUUCAAUACUUGGGCUAGUGUGUUGAUUGACACUGGGGCAUCGCAUUCACUUAUCGCCACAUCGUUUGCAUCAUUGUUGGGGUUAGAGAGUAGGCAACUGCAAGCUUCAUUUACAAUGGAGUCACCGGUAGGAGGUAAGGUCACUCUAACCCAUAGAUGUCUGGGUUGUGUAAUUGAGGUGGCGGGUCGACAACUCCCAUUUAAUUUUGUAAUGUUGGAAAUGUCCGGUUUUGACGUUAUCCUCGGAAUGGAUUGGUUGUUCACUUACCGGGCGAUUAUAGAUUGUCAUCGGGAGAAAGUUAUAGUGUGUACUGCAAGCGGUGAUUGUUUCACGUUUCUGAGAGAUAGGUACGGUAGAUCCUUACCCUUCCCAUACUACCCACGUGGCCAGGGUCAAUUUAAUUCUCUUUUAGCAACCCUUUUGGAUGAUGGAAGUGAUGUAGUCCGGGAUGAAUUCCUGAAGGUAGUGUAUGAAUACCACGACGUCUUUCCUGGCGAUCUUACAAAGUUACCUCCUCAUAGGGAAGCAGAGUUCACCAUAGACUUGCUUCCGGGUACGACACCUAUCUUCUUGUCACCAUAUAGGUUUGCCCGACUGAAUUAG